AUGGUGCUCACUCUCCUCGUUUCUGCCUACAAACUCUGCCGCUUAGCCAUGUCUGACUCGGAGAGGCUGGUGGUGACACCCGAGGGCUGGUGGGCAGAGAGUCUCCGGGUGUCCUCCCAGGAGAGCCCGCCUGGGGUGAGCGCAGCCAUCCAAGAGGCCCUGAACAGGAUCCUGCCCGACCUGCAUCAGGCCAUCUCCACCACCAAGCAAGCUGCGGGCCCCGAAGACCUCCAGGGAGGCAUGGCUGAGAUCCUGGCCCUGGUGGAGGAGGCCUGGCUCAUGCCCGCCGUGGGCAGGGAGGUCGCCAAGGGCCUGUGCGACGGGAUCCGCCUGGAGGGGGGGCUCGACUUGCUGCUCUCCUUGCUUCAGACGGCCGAUCUGGAAACCAGGUGCCAGGCGGGCAAACUCCUGGAGCAGAUCCUGGUGGCAGAGAACAGGGACCGCGUUGCUCGGAUUGGGCUGGGGGUGAUCCUGAACCUGUCCAAGGAGCGGGAGAGCCUGGCCCUGGCCCAGAGCACCUCGGGCAUCCUGGAGCACAUGUUCAAGCACUCCGAGGAGACCUGCGCCCAGCUGAUCUCUGAUGGUGGCCUGGACGCCAUCCUCUACUGGUGCCGCUGGAGCGACCCUGUGGUGCUCCGCCACUGCGCCACGGCCCUCGCCAACUGCGCCAUGUACGGCGGGCACGCCAACCAGCGGCUGAUGGCGGAGAAGAAGGCCGCCGAGUGGCUCUUCCCCUUGGCCUUCUCCAAGGAGGAUUUCAUCGUCCGGUUCCAGGCCUGCCUGGCUGUGGCCGUCUUGGCCACCAACAAGGAGAUCGAGAAGGAGGUGGAGCACUCGGGGACACUGGCCCUGGUGGAGCCCUUCAUCGCCACCCUCGACCCAGGGCAGUUUGCCCACACCCUCCUGGGCAGCAGCGACAACAGCCAGGGGAGGACGGCCGAGGACCUGCAGCGCCUGGUUCCCCUCCUGGACAGCUCCCGCCUGGAGGCCCAGUGCAUUGCCGCCUUUUACCUCUGCGUGGAGGCAGCCAUCAAGGCCCGACAGAAGAAGACCAAGAUCUUCACAGAGAUCGGGGCCAUCCAGAGCUUGAAGAGGAUCGUCUGCUACUCCCCCAACGGCACAACCUCCACCCUGGCCAAGAGGGCGCUCUGCACGAUGGGCGAGGAGGUGCCCCGCCGCCUGCUGCCAACCGUGCCCAACUGGAAACCCCUGGAGGUGCAGAAGUGGCUCCAGCAAAUCGGUUUCGUCAAGUACUGCCCAAAGUUCCUGGAGCACCAGGUGGACGGCGACCUGCUGCUGAGGCUGACGGAGGAGGAUUUGCAGGGGGACCUCGGGAUGGCCUCCAGCAUCACACGCAAGCGGUUUUUCCGGGAGUUGACCGAGCUCAAGACAUAUGCCAACUACUCCACCUGCGACCGCAGCAACCUGGCCGACUGGCUAGGCAGCGUGGACCCCAAGUUCCGGCAGUACACCUACAACCUGGUGACCAGCAGCAUCGACCGGAACUUCCUCCACCGCGUCACCGAGCAGCAGCUGGAGGAGGACUGCCAGGUCCACACAGGCUUCCACCGCGUCCGCAUCCUCUCUGCCGCACGAGAGAUGCUCCACUCACCUUUGCCCUGCAACAGCGGGAAAUCCCUCUCAGAGGGGACAGACGUUUUCAUUAGCUACCGAAGGGCCACCGGAUCCCAGCUGGCCAGCCUCUUGAAAGUCCACCUCCAGCUGCAUGGCUUCAGUGUCUUCAUUGAUGUGGAGAAACUGGAGGCUGGGAAGUUUGAGGACAAGCUGAUCCAGAGCAUAAUGAGCGCCCGCAACUUCGUGAUGCUCCUCUCCCGCAGUGCUCUGGACAAGUGCAUGGGAGACGUCGAAUGUAAGGACUGGGUGCACAAGGAAAUUGCCACAGCCUUGAAUAGUGGAAAAAACAUUGUCCCAGUCACGGAUCAUUUUGAGUGGCCUGAUCCCGAAACCCUUCCCGAGGACAUGAGAGCCAUCCUGAAAUUCAACGGGAUCAAAUGGUCCCACGAGUAUCAAGAUGCCACAAUUGAAAAGAUCAUCCGGUUCCUGCAGGGCCGCUCGUCCAGGGAUUCGUCCGCUGGCUCAGAGAACAGCCUGGAGUGUGGGACCCCUCUGGGGCAAUCCUAGGACUGGAAGGGUCAGCACCCCCAGCUGCUCCCUGCUGAGUGGAGGAAUGGGGGUGCAUCUUCAACACACACCUUGCACCCACCCCCAGCUUUGGCAUGUUCAACUGCCACAAAAUGCCUGCCCUCUGCUGGCUUCCUUUGGGAAAUGCCAAUUUGGGGAUUGUGCAAAAGAUCCGGAAGUACAUGGGCCUCACGUAGCUAGGAGAGCAGCCACGUAGACUGACUUUCUCCACCCCUUCUCCUCUCCCCUCCAGCCUUUCGCUUGUGGCCUUCACUAGAGACUCUUAACCUUUUCUGUGCCUGCAUAGGAUUUUGGUUCCUCAAUUAAAUAGGUUAUGACUCGGCGGUGGGCAGGCCUCGUACAGUUCAUCUUGUAUUAAAGUAAUU